CGGCAUUACACUGACGACGCCUGGCUCGAUGCCAAUCCACUCACUCUCGUCAGCUCACUCUCUCUUUGCCGGUCGCCGCGCCGCCCUGUCCCUGGGGCCGGCGCUCGCGCUGCUGACGGCCCGGCCGGCGGCGGCUUCCGAUGCAACAGGCAGCGGUGCAGUCGCAGUCGUGGCAGGCGACAGGAAAGGAGAAGGAGCGCGCCGUGUACCGCGCGAUCGAAGAAGACAUCGACUCCAAGCGCCGCUUCCGUGAGGAGGCCGGAGACCUGGGCUAUGUCGGCGGAGAGUACACGAAGCGCUCCGCAGCGUCGAGAGCGUCGUACGACCGGCAGGCUGAGGAGUCGCGGCCACAGGGGUCCUACACGCGGCCUGAAGAGCUCGUCACGGCCGGCACGGCCCGUGCGGCGAGCGCCAGAGCCACGGCGGCCGAGCUGCGCGAGCGCCGAGAGGCUCAGGCGCAGGAGCAGAGGCUUCACGCCGAGGUCAAGAAGUUCGGCCCCCGCCCGACGCCAGCCAUGGAGGGCAGGCCGCCGGAAGGCGUCGCUUUUGGCGAGUGGGAUCGCCGCGAGAGCGUGCUCGCCGGAGUGCAUGCCGAGAUGCAGCGGCGUGGCCUGGGCUCUCUGCUGAGGGCCCAGUCCGAAACGGGCGCCAAGUUCAUCCAGUUCGACCGCUGCCUCAAGGCCCGCCCCUUCGGUGUCCACCUGCCCUCCGAUGCCGUUGCGUCUGUCCAGUCCUACCAGUCCUUCGACACGCUGUUCGAUGCUUGCGUUGCUGUGCGCGAGCAGAUGGGAGCCGAGGAAGAGCUUCGAGAGGCAGCUGUGGACCAGCGAGGCGAUGACCUUUCGGACGGGCAGGCGGCGGAGGCGGCCGACAAGGAGCACGUUGACCUCUCGCGUUUCAAGAGACUGGUUGUCGCAGGCGGCGGAGGCGGCCGCUUCUACGUGAACGGCAGCGCCCUUGUUGAUGCCGUGUGCGGAUCUCGUCACAGCCGUGACAAUGUACUCAGCCUCCUCAGCGACGCCGACCGCUGGCUGCUCCUCCCUCCUGGCGGCUUCUCUUCGCUCGGCCACGCCGCCCUGGCCGUGGCGCGGAGCGACAUGGGGAAGCAGAUGGUCGCGCGGCAAGAGGAGCGUGCGCGGCUCGCGGCUGCGCCAGCGGUGCAGUUGAAAACGACGAAGCUCCCGAUUGGCAUCUUCCAGUUCCUGCUGCUGCCGUCCCUGCUCUCCUCGAUGCUCUUCAUCUUCAGCCGCGCGGCAGAGUGGACCCACAACUCUUUCAUUGAGCUGCCGCAGCGCGCCAUCGCCUCCGCGUCGGGCAGCGUGCGCAUCCCUGGCUGGCAUUGCCCGGCGCCCCUCUCAUUUGUGAAGGCCGGGUUGAUCACGCUGCUCCGCAACCUCCUCUGGCUGCUAAAGUACACGGGCAUCUGCCUCUCCUUCAUCGUCCCCGGCAUCACCACCUACCAGCUCGGCCUCCUCGUCGACCACCCUUCGAUGGUCAAGAUGGGAUACGUGCUGUGCUUGCACUUCCUGCCCGCGAUCAUAUGCGUCAUCUGUUGCGACGACCGAGGCAUGGCCGCCUUUGGCCUCCGCCUCCUCUCCUUCCUCGCGGGCAAGAGCGUCGGCUCGCUCGGGUGGGCGGCGUGGCAGGUGCGGCUCAGCGAGUACGCGCACGAGGUCUUUUGGCUGCACGCGCAGCACGCCACCCUCGGCCCGGCCUGGGUCGGCGCGCUCGCGGCCGCGCCGUACCUCACGUACAUCUCCUUCCAGAGCACUUGGGCAGCCAUCGAGUACACCUUCGUGACCGACAGCAGCGGCGUGACGCGCAUCCGCCGCGUCCCCUUCAUCAAGAUCGUCCACGUCGCCGACGCUCGCGUCUUCCGCUUCUUCUACGCCGGCAAGGUGCCGGGCGCCACGAUCAACACACGCAACAUGGCGAAGGCGCUUGGCACCUUCUCCACUGGCGCGCCUGGCAUCAUGCGCUCGGGCCUGGGCGCGCUGACUACGGAGCUGCGCGCGGGGGGCUCGCUGGGUGUGCCAUGGCGGCCGCACGGCGUCGACCACCCGGCGGCCCCAAACUCGCCAGUCCGGGGCGAGUGGAGGGUGUGCUUCCCGCUGCGGCAGGUCGGCAAGCGUGCGGAGCUCGCGCUCCGGCCCUUCGUCCCUGCGUGGGGGGGGGCGCGGCUGCGCUCCCUGUCCGUCGAGAAGGUGCUCUUCCGCUGGGCACCCGCGCCUGCCGCGCAGCAGGCAGCCGCCGACGCGGGGGCCGAGGCUGCAGCGGCCGCCGACGCCGCCUCGAUCAACCUGCACGUGGCGGCAGCGGCGGCGGCAGACUCGAGCGAGGGGGCAGCCGCCCUCGAAGCCGCUGAGGCCGCACACGCAGCCGCCGUGGAGGAGGCGGCGGAGGCGGCGGAGGUGGCCGAGGUGCUGCUCACCGAGCGCGAGGCGCUGCUCAAGGUGGUCGAGUCGGAGGCCUUUCGCACUGCUUGGCAGCGCUGGGGCGGCGUGGCUGUCGUCCACGACAUGGCGCGGCGCAUCCUCUCUCUCGGCCCCGCGGAGCUCACCGCCCUCGCGGAGUACCUCUGCAACAACCGCGGCGUCACGGGCCCGUUUGUCGUGGAGUCGCCCCCGCUCGUCCGCAUGUUGUGGCAGGAGCACCCGGAGGUGGCGGCGCUGCGCGAGGCGGGCGUGCUGCCCGGGCCGGACGUGCUCCCGCUGCUGCACGUUGCGGUGCAGUACGGCCAGCAGCCGACCGCCGCCGACGUCAGCGCCAUCAACGUCUACCUCGCGGAGGCGCGCUCCUCGGUUCGGCUCGACCUCUCGCAGCUCGCCGCCGAGCAGAAGCGGCUUCUGCACGGCGGCAGCGACGCCUUCGCACAGAUGCUGCGCGACAGCGGCUACGACCUGGAGCCGCUGCGCGCGGUUGACGCCGUCACGCACGUCUCAAGCUGA